AAAGCCAAGAACGUAUUACACGAUCGGCGCCAUCAAAGUCACAAGCCACAGGGGAAUAUAUCACGAUCACUCCAUUACACUGCUGCCCCCAGCACUCAGUGACUAGACCCACCCUGCAUUGCGCAAUGCAUGACUAAAAUGCUCAUCAGAUGCAGGCUUCCGAAGAUGAGUCAUGGCGGCCAGAGGCUCUUGGAGACUUGACUUUAGCCAAGUAUGGCCAGCAAUACAUAUGUACAGUCUGCUUGAUGUCGCGAGUGUCCAUCAUAACCCUAUGAUCAUCAUCCUGCACUGCAGUCAGGAUGACACUGCCGGUGUGCAAUCAUCAAUAUCUGCAACAGCCUGCACUGCAGUACGUGCACAUAAUACUCAAAGAUUCUCAUAUCCAGUUCCAUGCUAAAUAGCAUGGCGGCUGCAUGCGCUGCACGGGUGCGCUGCACGGGUGUCAUGCAUCUUGUACACAUUCACUGAGCAUAAUAAAACUCUCAGCAGGUGCAGACAUGCCAUGCUUCCUACAAGCAGCAUUGCACCUUCAAAACUCCAACCUGACACCUUAUGUUUGGCAGUGACAGGGUGCGGCGCCCCGCCCACACUCUGCUGAGAACCAUAAAUCUCUGCGGUUGGAAUGACAGGGCGCACACUUCGACUGCAAGUCACAGUCUGCACUUCUCUGUUCAGCAGAGUCAAGUUCAACAUGUACACGCCUGUCCUGAAGUUCCAAUCCAAUCCUGACCAUGGACUCACCGAUUUUAGCCCAUGCCUGAUGGACAUCAGAAAAACUGGCAACGGGGUGCUUUGGCAGUGUGUGGUUACUCUGUACAAGUGUGGUGUCCAAAAUGGUGCAGUCCAGGGGUCAGUGCUGCAUGCGGAUUCAACCGCAGCGGAAGUAGCUUGUGCUGCACUUGCGGCUGCAGCAGUGAGAGCUGCUUGAGCAGUUGCUGCCAGAAGGCUUGCAGUCCCUUCCAACUGGCGUACCGGGGGUUUGAGUCAGAGACCGGCAGCUUCCAGGCUGCAGGCCGCUCAACGCGAGCAGCAUGAAGCAGAGUACCACGCAGAAGAUGCGGGUAAUGUCCAUACCUUCAGCAGACGACCUUGCCCCGUGUUUGCUCACGCCAGCUGCCGCAGAUGUAGACUGAACAAAUAAUUUUUAGGCU